UGUAACGCUCCAUGUGGAUGUACCCAUCGGGGACGUCGUUUGGUCUGCUAUGUUGAUAUACUCUUGCUAGGUGACCCAAGAGUUAUUGUGUGCAACAUCUCCUCGUAUUUUCCUUGCCAUGUCAACUCACAAUUCCGUUGCUUCUCCUAAUCGCCGACGAGAUAGCCAGCAGAGUUGGACUGGCUCGGAAAUUUUCCAAUCUCAAUCACCGAACGAUGUCGUCGUCCAAAACAACUCACAGGCGAAACUGAGCGGGAAAGCGUGGGGAAGAAUCAAAAAGUUUCUUCUUUGCAAAACUGACUUUCCGUCGAGUAUCUACUACAUCGUAGGAAAUGAAUUCUGCGAGAGGUUUUCUUACUAUGGAAUGAAAGCUAUCCUAAUCCUGUACCUUACAAGGGUUCUUAUGCUUGGGGAUGAUACUGCGACUGCGGUCUUUCAUAGUUUCUCUAUGUUAUGUUACUUUACCCCUCUAUUUGGGGCAAUGUUAGCCGAUGGUUGGCUUGGAAAAUACCGGUGAGAAUAAGAGAACUUUACCACUCAAAAAUUUUUCUCAGUAAUACCAUCACUGUAGUUUCCUUGGAGCAAAAGAGAGUUAAAUUCAUGUUUUGCAUAAUAAACUUUCAAAAAUUUAUCAACCCUCUUCCACACUCCAUCUAGCCACACCCCCAUUACCCCCUCAAGAAAAAACUGGAUGAAUGAUUUUCUUUUUUGAGUAAGUUUAAUUCAUGUUGUGGUAGAAGUAGACUGGGCAUGGUUUGCAAAAUUAAAAUGGUUUUUUUGUCAAAAUUAACAACUUCUUUAGCAUACAUGUUUUGUUUCCCUAGUGGAGGUCUCAAAGGAAUUCCACCCUUUUGACUUCUUUCAAGGCUCUAAACUGUGACUGCUCAAUGAAGUUAACAAAUUGACAGUGGCUUAGGAUGGUCUGUACCUACUCUUAUCAACAACAAUAUUUGUCAUCAAAGUGGUCAAAUUUUGACCACUAUGAUGACCAAUAUCUUUGCUGAUAAGAGUAGUUUUUUACCACAAUACCAAUGUCAAAUAACUCAUUCUUUCACUGCACUACCACUGUGUGCUCUUAUUGGCAAAUCUGCCAAUCAGAUUGCCACUUAACUGCCAAUUGUGGUAAAAUAUGCAAAGUAGAUAAUUUGUUCACAAAUUUACUGCACAAUCAUAGAAUCAAAAAUUUAACAUCAGACAAUCAGAGGAUUCUCACAAGUAGUGAAACUUACUGGUAAUAUCUAGUUUGGUUCAAAAUAUGCUCAAUAUUAACUCCAACUCAAUAUUGUAAAUGAUAUUUUUUAGAGCUAUUUACCCUGUACACCUCAGCAUCAGUAUGUAUAUUCUCUAAACAAUUCUCUAUUCAUUUCCUAACAUACUGACAAGGAGAAUUUAGGUAACAUUAGAAGAGCCUUUUUAGUCGAUGAGCAUUUUCCUUAUUCUUUUAACCUUAAGAUUUGAUUCAGGGGUGAUACUGUAAGGAGAAGUUAGAUGCUAGUCACCCUUAGGGUCUAAAGGUUACAAGCCACAUAUUUUAUGCCUCUAUUGAUAUAGAAGAAUGAGUUACUAAGUUACCAAAAACACUGUUUGUCUGGCAUGACAUAAUCAUCAUGAAGAUGUAUAUUCAAGCUGUUCAUUACCCAAUUUCAAAGUUUAUUGUCUUCCACUCAUUUCUUGAAUCUUCAUUUUCCACAGAACAAUUUUGUAUGUCUCUGUUAUCUACUGCAUUGGGAACCUGAUUGUGUCAAUGACAUCUCUUCCUCCCCUUGGUGCUGGUGAGAUUCCUGGUCCUAUGAUUGGUUUGUUCCUCAUUGCUCUGGGUACAGGAGGUAUCAAGCCAUGUGUGUCAGCAUUUGGUGGAGAUCAGUUCACAUCUGAUCAGUCAAAACUACUUCAAAGUUUUUUCUCUGUGUUUUAUUUUGCGAUUAAUGCUGGAAGCUUGUUGUCUAUGCUAAUUACACCUGUACUGAGAGGUAUGUACACCAGUGUUGGUUACAUAUUGUACAAUGAAAAUUUGAACAUACCUAAACAUAACUCUUGCCCCAGAAUGCUCACAGACUUCAUUAUGACCUGUGUGUAUCUCAAUAAAAAAAUGGCUGACUGGAAGUUAUUGGAAAAUAUAAUUGGUGAUUGAUUGACUGCUCUCAUUAGGGCUGAAUUUCUAUUUUGGCUUAAAGUUUUUAAAUUGCCUCAAGAUACAAAAAUAAAGAAAAAAGCAAAGUUUUGCGUAUGAUUUGAAGACAAAUUCAAUCCCUUGCCUCUUUUUACCCUUUAAUUAGCAAUGCCCCUUGUGCAUCUGGUCCUUUGAGGGAGAAUACAGAAAGCCAUCUUGUUUUUUUGUGUGUAUCACUAAAUGGUCUUUAUAUUAACAGGAGAUGUAAAGUGCUAUGGUGAUGACUGUUAUCCUCUGGCCUUCGGUGUUCCUGCAGCCUUGAUGUUAAUGGCUAUAACAUUAUUUUGGUUUGGCCGAAAUAAGUACAAGAGGGUUCCACAAACUGAUAACAUUUUGUUGCGGGUGACAAAGGCUGUCAGCUAUGCACUCAAGAAAAAAAUAACCUCAAAGGUAUCAUACACUUGUCUGAAUAUGUCCACCAUGGCACAGCAUUGACCUUUUGUGAAACAUGACCAAAAAAAGAUACUUACUCUAUUUCCUGGAAUAAGUGCCUCUGUGCCUAUUCAAAAUUUGGGCCAAAGAGAGGGGCACUAGUUGGAAGGAGGGCACUUAUUAAGAAACUGUCAACCUGUACUAAUUCAGCUGUAGGUGAAAUUUAAAAAGUUAUGGAUAAAGUGGAGAUAUAAACAGGUUUAAUUUGUACCCUUACUAUUCGAGAAAGAGAGGAAGUAGACUUGGGACACUUAUUCUAGGGGGGCACUUGUUUGAUAAAUUGCCCAAGGGGUGGGUGCUUAUCAGGGGGAGGCUCUUAUUUGACCAUGGGCGUUUAUUUAAAGGAGGUGCUUGUUUGACAAUAUGGCCAUAGGGGUGGCUCAUACUUGGGGGAUGUGCAUGGGUGCUUAUUCUUAGAAAUAGUGUAUUUCAUUAAUUCUGUAAAACAAGCCCUGGUCUUUCCUAAUCUACCCAGAAUAGUAACAUUCCUCUGAAGCCACCAACAUUCAACAUUUCACUGUUUCGUUAUUUUGGCAUACACUCAUCUCUCAAACAAAGUCACUCUUAUUAAUGCAUAAUGUUCUGCCUGUGGUGCAUUACAUAUCUUCCUCAUUGUUAUUCCAGAUAUUUUAUGUUCUUUUUUCAUGAUUUUCUCCUCAAGGGAGAGAGAAAAGCUCACUGGAUGGACUGGGCCAGUGAUAGAUACGAUGCUCAGUUAAUAGAAGACAUCAAAGCUCUGUUCAAAGUGUUGUUCAUGUUUCUUCCACUGCCUGUUUUCUGGACAUUGUUUGAUCAACAGGGCUCACGGUGGGUUUUGCAGGCUGGGCAAAUGGAUGGUGAUGCUGGUAAGUGGGUAGUGUCUUAAACAAUUAACAAGACAGAAGGUAAAUAAUGUGAUGUAUGGUGGUGUUGGAAGGACAGUAGAUACAGUUUUUGCUUAUGCAGGUGUAAAACAGAACUGUCAGUAAAAGCUGAAAGCUUACCAAAACCAUGUCAUUGUACCAAAAGUGCAGAUGGAAAUGUACAAUUAUUGAAAUGCCAUCAAAGAAAUUUUUUACAGCAACCUUUUCCAGUUUUUAGUGGAGUUGAAUGCAUUAUUUAUCAGUAGCAGGUUUAGAUGAGUAAGAAAAAAAAAAUUUUUAAAUUUGUUUGAAGGUUUGAUGGAACUUUGUGGAACACCUCAGACAUUUCAACUGAAUAGUUCUCAGUAUUGCAUGUAAUCUGAUCAAACAACAUGACCUCUAUUAUUUCCUCACUACCUACUAAUCUGUUUAAUAACCAUCUACUUCUGAUGUUAUUUACAGCCUUUUAAAAGUGCCUCAGGACUUUUGUCUAAGAUCAUAGGUGCCUGGAAAGCUUAGCCCAUUUCCACCACGAACAAUGAUUUACAACAAAAUUUGUUUGAUUGUUUUUCUUUCUAGGUUGUGAUACUUAAACCUGAUAAUUUUUCAAUGAUAAUUUAUCAAUUAGUAGUAAAGACCAUAACGAUUUUGAUCUUGAAACAGGUUUCUUGGGAACCAUGAAACCAGACCAGAUGCAAGCAUUCAAUCCUCUUUUCAUCAUUAUCCUUAUUCCACUGUUUGAGACUGUGAUAUACCCAUUACUACGGAGGCCAAAACCACUCAAGCGAAUGUGCGCAGGAAUGUUUCUAGCUACAGUGGCAUUUAUUUUUGCUGGAUUUCUCCAGAUGAAGAUACAGGUAAUAGUGAUAUUGUAAUUUUUACACUUAUAAUGGUAUACAAUUGUUGUCAUGCACACUCAGAAUUGAAUUGUCAAUAAAUAUUCAGUGGUUCAUUUUACAUUUUUGCAGAGUGAAGAAGUCAUCAAGAAUGCACCCUCGGAGGGACAGGCAAAUUUACAAGUUAUUAACUCAUUGGACUGCCCAGCGUCACUGUCCAUCGGCAACAAGAAUAUCACAGUGACACCUUAUGGACACUCCAGUGAGUUGAACUUGCCAGUAACUAAGAAUGUGUCGACCAGGAUUCAAACAUCUUCAAAAUGUUACAAUAUGUCAAGAACAGUUGAAGAUAGCCUUAGUCUGGAAGAUAAGGAGUGGUAUAACCUGAUAAUCAGUGAAUACAAAAAUCAACUUCGUACACAUCUGGUCAAACAAAACGUUUCAUCUCCUCCUCCGGGGAAAGCCAAGUUGUGCACAGUUCUUUUGCCAUCAUUAGCAGACAGCGAAAUGUUUGAUAUAUUUCUGGACGAGACUAAGAUUCAAGAAAAGGUGGAUGCUUGGGGAGCAACAAAUUGUGUUGUAAAAACGUCAGAUCAAUAUAAGCUAACUGUAAAAGGAGAGAAAACAAAGACAACGUAUGUGUCUAGUAAAAUAUCUCUUAAGAACGGUGGCAUUUACACCGCCGUAAUAGAGCCGAACAAACCAGGGAAAGGAGGUAAUGUCACCUUGUACAAGGAUCUGGAGGCAAGAAAUGUCUCAAUGUUGUAUCAGAUCCCACAGUACUUUGUGAUCACGAGUGGAGAGAUAAUGUUCUCUAUAACAGGUGAGUCUUGGCAUCAUUUGAACUCAGAGAGGUUAUUGAAUAUAUCACACACUUUCUCUCUCUCUCAUCUCCCGUGGAACACAAGACACCAUCAAUCUCUCUCCAUUUAGGGGGUCAGUUUCUAAAGAAAUUGUGGUGCUGCGUCGGUGUUUUAGUAUUACCAACUGAGUUGAUAACGUAAAUUGGCCACCGUAAAGAGUUACAAAGCAUUCCAUUCGUUCUGACGAAGGGCUAACGCUCGAAACGUCAGCUUUGUAACUCUUUACGAUGGCCAAUUUACGGUACCAACUCAAGUGAUAAUACUAAAUCACUCUCUCCAUUUAGCCCUGUUUUGCGCAGCGUGUUAUGCCCCACGCAUUGUUAUUUUUACCUCACCGAGAUCAGCCCGAACAGCUCGAUGGUUUUUGGCCAACCACGUUCACCUUUACCAGGUUGUGUCCUGUGCAGGGUUAUCUAAGGGAUACGAAUUUCUUACAAUUUCAUCACAUUCUCCUGUGAAAAUGAGAUAAGAACAGACAAUCAUGAAAGGUCAAAACCUUCUUUCUCGUCAGACAAUUUUUGUUAAGAAUCACUGUUUGGUUUCUUUUACAGGUUUAGAGUUUGCGUAUUCCCAGGCUCCUGCUUCUAUGAAGUCAUGUCUUCAGGCCGCUUGGCUAAUGACAGUAGCAUUUGGUAAUUUGAUUGUUGUCAUUGAAGCAGAAUCUCGUCUCAUUACAAACCAGACAACCGAAUUUUUCUUUUUCGCCGGCAUGCUGUUUGCGGUGAUGGUAGGGUUUGCAGUAAUGGCUAAAUUUUACCGAUAUGUUGAAUCUCCAAGUGGGGACCCUGUGGCCGUGCCUGUGGACAGCAUUGAUGAUAAAACUGGUAUCGUAGAUUUGGACGAAUUAUCACGGAUUUAGGACUUUUAAAAUGGUGUAUUUACCUGUUUUGUAGAUAGCUAUAGAAUAAAACAUAAAGUGGAAUAGAAUUGCCUUUUUCGAAGGUUAAGAACUGGCUUAAUCUGAGAGUUUCACCAAGCUAACGCAAUAUGCAAUGCAACACAACGGAAAGUGUUGCGCGGCGUUACGACGUAACGCAGUGUAACGCAUCACAGUAUAACGCAACAGGAAAUGUUACCCGCGUAAGACAUCUUAUUGUUAUAUAUUCACACGUACUCUUGUAAAAUAUCGGUUUGGUGUCUAACACUCACCUUGUGUAUUUGUUGUUUUACACGGUCAUUCAUUUGCUUGGCAGAUGACGUUUUAAUCAAAUUUUGACUUCUGAAUUAUUUCCCUUUCCGACAGAAGUCAGGGUUAGGCAAGCUAUUAAGUGGCUGCUGGCCAUUUUGUCUAUUUGAGACCGUGCCCUACAGUCAGAAAUAUUCACCGAAUUCCCACAGAAAACCUCAUGCAAACCUAAUGAGUGUUUGAUGUUUGUUUAGAAAUGCCAAGAAAUUCCAAACAUUUUGACGGUUUUUAUUUAACGAAUUUUCUGAGCUUCUGCAUGCCAUGAAAUUGUUAGGUCAGAAAUAUUAUGUGAGUCUCGAAAGUCUAGCGAUUUUACGGUAUUACAAGCUCGGAAAAUUCGUCGUUCGAAAAAAGAAGCAAGUUUUGCAAUCGCUUGACAUUUCUAAACAAACAUCUGAUAAUCUUGAAAAGCUUGAAAGAACCUCGCAGGGAAAAUUAUAUGGAAAUUUCUGACUGCCGGGCAUCUAGUCCAUUUAAGACCGUGCCUGGCUGCCGGGCACUUAGACACAGUCUUAAAAAAUACAGUGAGAUUAAAGAAUGUUAUAUUUUUUCAUAAAUUGUAAAUGCUAGUUAUUCGAUAUGCUCUGUAGAAGAAGAGAAG